CCGCACACUUGGCGCGACUCCGGACGAACGCGUUCGCGUUUGGGCGUUUAGGUGGAGGUAACGCCGCAUCUCUGCGAACGUGGCGGCGCGGUCUUAAAACGAGCAAAGAGAACGGCGAUCCCGAACUAGUUUGAUGACUUCGAAGCGUUCCAGAACCAGUGAAAGUGUGCGUUAUCGAGCAGAGAGCUCCGCGCCGGACCUGUAGACUCUAGACUGUUAUAAAUCACUGAUAAGCUAGCGCCGCUAGCUGCUACCACACUCCUCGGUCGGAAACUUUUUUCAAAGAGUGGACCUAGAAUCGGAACGCGACGGGAGCUUUCAGACAGUUGGAGUUUUCCGCUUUCAUAGUUUGUGGAAGGAGGGGGUUUUCGACAUUCUCUCACUUUUCACAGUUUGACUCUGAAAUGCUGAUUUAUUGAUCCGUCUCCGUGUCUUGGCCCGACGUCCGCGCCGAUGACCCGGCUCUUGUUACCGUUCACGCAGAAUUAAUAUAUAAAGUUCGGUUUUGGAUUUUUAGUAUACCAUUCAACGCGAGGAUCGAGGAGUUAUGGGUCCGACGGGAAAGUGAAAGUGAACGUUUAUUAUUCACUCACUGAAUCCACGUCAAACGUGUAACUGAUGAUCAAUAAAAAGUAAACAGAUUAACAAACGUGCGUCCCUGUGGGCCAAGACAAUUAUCUGAGCUCCAGGGCAAAGGGUAUUUAUAGUUCAUUUACUGUGGUACAAGUCACUAUAAAAUGUAUAAAAGUGAAUGAACCAGGAUGUUGCCUUUGGCCAUGCUAAUCCGGUCCGGGGCCCAGCGGGCUGCGGCCGCCACCCAGGCCAGGUUAAUGAGGAACGAGUGGUGCAAGAUCCAAAACACGGGGCCUCCUCUUUCCUGCUCGUCUUCAUUCGACCGCUGCAGGCGCUUCAGCGUCUCCGCUGCCCUUUGCCGUUCUGCACCGUCCACCCAGACGACGCCGUCCUGCAGCUACGUCAUUGUGGGCGCCGGGUCGGCAGGCUGCGUCCUUGCCAACCGCCUCAGCGAAGAUGCUCAUGAGUCUGUGAUGGUGCUGGAGGCGGGUCCCAAGGACCGGCUUCUGGGGAGUUUGCGACUCUCGUGGAAAAUCCACAUGCCGGCUGCGCUGAUCUACAACCUCUGUGACGACAAGUAUAACUGGUACUACCACACUUUACCUCAGGCAAGGAUGGACAACCGGGUGAUGUACUGGCCUAGAGGCCGUGUUUGGGGUGGGUCUUCUUCGCUCAACGCCAUGGUGUACAUCCGGGGACAUGCUGAAGACUACAAUCGCUGGCAGGCGGAGGGGGCGGAGGGAUGGGAUUAUGAACACUGCCUGCCUUAUUUCAGGAAAGCUCAAAGCCAUGAGCUGGGAGAGAGCAAGUAUCGAGGUGGCAACGGGCCUCUUCACGUCUCCAGAGGGAAGACCAACCUUUCCCUUCACAAGGCGUUCAUUGAGGCAGGGCAGCAGGCAGGAUACCCCUUUACUGACGACAUGAAUGGCUACCAACAGGAAGGCGUGGGAUGGAUGGACAUGACCAUUCAUAAAGGGAAGAGGUGGAGUGCGGCCAGUGCCUACUUGAGACCUGCCCUGGGUCGACCCAACCUGAAGGCGGAGGUGCGAUGUCUGGUCUCCAAGAUCCUGUUUGAUGGGACGCGUGCCGUGGGAGUGGAAUACACCCAGGGGGGGCAGACGAAAAGGGUGUUUGCAGAGAAAGAGGUGAUAUUGAGCGGCGGCGCCAUCAACUCCCCUCAGCUCCUCAUGCUGUCUGGGGUGGGAAACGCCGACGACCUGAAACAACACGGCAUCUCUGUGGUUCAGCACCUACCAGGUGUUGGCAGCAACCUGCAGGAUCAUUUGGAGGUGUACGUCCAGCAGCAGUGCACUCAGCCCAUCACCCUGUACAAGGCCCAGAAACCUUUGCAGAUGCUCAAGAUAGGCGUGGAGUGGUUCACCACAUUCACUGGCUACGGAGCAACAGCCCACAUGGAGAGUGGAGGGUUCAUCCGCAGCCGACCCCAUGUCACACACCCGGACAUCCAGUUCCACUUUCUCCCCUCGCAGGUCAUCGACCAUGGACGGGUCGCCCCUAAGAUCGAAGCGUAUCAGGUCCACGUUGGACCGAUGAGAAGCACUAGUAUCGGCUGGAUAAAGCUGAGGAGCGCCAACCCUCUGGAUCACCCACUUAUUCAGCCAAACUAUCUCACCACAGAUAUUGACGUGUGGGAGUUCAGGCAGUGCGUCAAACUCUCCAGGGAGAUUUUUGCCCAGAAGGCCUUUGGUCCCUUCCGUGGCCCAGAGGUUCUCCCUGGUUCUCAUGUCCAAUCCGAUGCCGAAAUCGAUGCCUUUAUUCGCCAAAAGGCUGACACCGCCUACCACCCGAGCUGCACCUGCAAGAUGGGCUCCGCCUCUGACCCGAUGGCGGUGACAGACUCGCACACGCGGGUUCUGGGUCUGGAGCGGCUGCGUGUGGUCGACGCCUCUAUUAUGCCCAGCAUCGUCAGCGGCAACCUCAACGCCCCCACCAUCAUGAUGGCAGAGAAAGCCGCUGACCUCAUCAAAGGCCGCGCCCCUCUGGUCAGCCCAGGGGUUCCCGUGUAUCGGCCGAAGAGCCUUGACACACAGAGAUGAGCGCAGGGGCAAACGGUACGCGAGGCUCACUACCAGUUCACUACACAGUCAUUCAUUUCGAUAUUUUGGAUAUAAAGAUUGUAAAUGUGCUGCUUUGUCAACGCAUAUGAUUGCACAUGUAAGAUAUGACUAGUGUCUAGUACUAGUUAUCUGUUUAUGUUCCAAUAGAGUAAUGGGGGUUUUGGGAUUUUUUCUUUACCCCUAACAAAAAAUUGUUAGGAGUAACAACAACUUAUUCUGCCAGGAGCUGGCAGAAUAAGUUGGCCUAAGUCCGAUUCAAACGCGAGCCUGCAACAAGUUGCUUAUAAGAUACCAUAACAUGCGAGUCUCUGUCAGUCAUCAGUCUACAGGUACUUUGCCUUAACAUGUAACGUGACCCUUAGUCCAAGCUUUCAAGCGUACCUUCAAGCCAAGUGUUUCCAAAUAACAUUAGCAUGAGUUUCCUGGUAACGACUAAACAUGUGGAGACACACAGCAGCUGCUGUAGUUCAAAGAUUGUUAGAGGCUGAUUCACGCUGAUUUUGCAACACAAUAAUAGACCACAGCAAAAAAGUACGCUGCUGUCAUUUCUGGGUUUGUAGCACAUUAAACCUCUGUGUCUGUGUUGUGGUGUCAUGGUGAUGGUUGCUAUAUGUCCUCUUAUCUCAGCUUGCUUCACUUUAACCUCUACAGCUCAGUUUUUUUUUUUCUUUUUACACCACUCUGUAAUAUCUACAUUCUGAGCUGUGUAGAUGCAAUCGUAUAGAUCAAACUAGACUUAUGUAAAAUCAACCCUAAAAUUACAAUACGGGAAAAUCUUAAAUGUUUACAGUGCAAUGUUUACAAAUAAUUAUGUAAAACCAAUCAGAGAAAAAAAAUUGUGGUUUUGGUGUUUGUUGACUUGUUUUUAAUCGGUAUUAACACAGAAUCGUUAGUUCUGUCAGAUUGUGAUAUCAGUGUGACAAGAUUGAUGCUGAUGUUUAGAGAGAUAUUUGCAAUGUUGCUCAUAUUAAUACAUGAAGUACUGUGAAGUAUUGAUUUUUUUUCUAUCAGCGCUAGAAUGAUUAUAACUGUCUUUUAUUAGGCUUUGCACAACACUAUGUACCAGGAAGUAUCUUAGCCUACAUUCAUUA